AUGGACAUAUCCUCCAGUAGUAGCACUAGUUGCUUUAAGUUUGCUCUAGAAUAUAUUGGCCGGUUGCAUCAUACGGCCUUAGCGUUCCAUUAUGGUAUCUCGAAUCUGAAGAUGGAGGUGAGACUAUUACAAAGCUUUGAACUGUAUCUGACAAAGUGUAGGAGGAGGAGGAACCAUGAAACUUGGUUGGAACAAGAUGAGGAGGAGAAGGAUGUUACGUCUUCCAGAAUUCAAGGUCUGAUUAUAAGGAGAAUGCAAGAUCUUGAAUUUGUUUGCAGCGAAUACUUGACUCAUUCUCGUUCGUCUGAUUGGACUCAUAUUCAAAGGGAGGUCACCAGAUUCCGGGAAGCAAUCAAGCUGUUUUUUGAAACAGAUAUCUACGAACCGUGCAUCAACUUUCUGCUGGACUGUUACUGGCUGAGAGAUCCGGAGCUAGUUAUUGAUUUCAUUGAUUCGGUUUCCGAGAAUCUGGCAGAAAUUGACGAAUCCCAUUUCAAACGUCUUGACGAGAAGCUAAUAUUCUUGAAGAGUUUCAUUCGCUUUGCCAUGCUUCGCGGGGUCGAGGGUCAACAAUUGAUAGAUCUCUUGAUUCACACAGAAGUGGUGGCUAUCAAGGCAUUACGCCUGGCUUCUAAAUGGUGGUCUGACAGUAGCGGAUAUAAUCAUGAAACAAAACUUCAAAUUUCACGGCUAAUAAGUGAGAAGAUUAAUCCUGGUGAUCCCAAGGUCCAAGAAACUUACAUCCAUGUCUUGACUGCUUCAAAGUUAUCAAUAUCAUCAGACACUUCAGCUCUGGAGAAGAGUAAGCAACCAGUAGCUGACUUUAUGGAUUUUCUCGUUCAGAAUACUGCGGAGCUACUACAACCUUGUACCAGUACUCCAGUCCCGAUUAUGAAUCAAAUGCUCAAAAUUGUUGAGGGGCUAAGAUUCCUGACAAUCCUUCUUAGGCAUCAGGAGAAGUUCAAAGAGCUAUGCCAUGAAAUGAAGAAUCUUAUUGGAAUUGUGGCCUGUGAUGCUGCGAUUGUAAUUUUCUCUCUUUCUGUGAAUCAAAUCGAAGAAGGCUUGGCCAAGGAAACCGAUCUUGAUCUUUUUCAUUUGCUCAAAGUGAUCAAGCUUAUGAGGGCAGAAUUUACACAGGUCUAUCCACUAACAUCAGUAUCGGGAUUUGGUUUUCCUAGGAUCUGUGAGUUGGGAUCUAUGGAUUUUCUCCUAAGAAAUCUGAAGGAACUAGCAAGGACUGAUGAAAUUAAUGGUUCAAAUGCUUUUCCAGUGGAUAAAAUCCAGACGAUCCAAGAAGAUUUUGAAUUUUUAAGAUCUUUCCUAGUGAAAAUCAAGGAGCAACGCAAUCAGAACGAAAAACUCCAAGCUUUCUGGAGUCGUGUUAUGGAGGUUGCAUAUAAAGCAGAGUUAGUGAUCGACUGGACACUUGUUGGUGAUGGAUAUGAAUAUUUUUUGGAUGAUGUUGCUAGAGAUAUCAAUGUUAUAAAGAUUGAGGCUCAAGAGAUCUAUGAUAGCAUAAGAUAUGUUGGAGAAACCACCAAGGGAGUUACCAAGACUUUCACUCGCAUGCCAUCACAAGUUACUAUCGCCACCUACAAUGAAGAUCUAGUGCCUCUCGACGACGAGGUGAAAACUAUCACUGAUAGUCUUACAAGAGGAGGAUCAAGGCAGUUGGAUGUUGUUUCCAUCGUGGGUAUGCCUGGGCUUGGUAAGACCACAUUAGCCAAUAUAGUUUACAAUUCUCCAUCAGUAAUAUUGCAUUUCAAUAUUCUUGCUUGGUGCACUGUUUCUCAAGCAUAUAGUAUGCACAACAUGUUAGUUCAGAUAUUGGGUAGUAUUGAAUCUGAGAAACUUGAACAAUAUCGAAAGGUGGAUGAACAUGAUUUGGCUGUAAAGCUAAAACAAGUUUUGUUGAGAAAUAAGUAUCUCUUGGUUUUGGAUGAUUUGUGGGACGCUAAGGCUUGGAAUUUGUUGGCGAGAUCAUUGCCCGAUGAUGCCAAUGGAAGCAGGAUUCUCAUCACGAGCAGAUUGCAGAAUUUGUCUCUGCAAUUCAAACCUGAUAGCAAGGUUCACCCUCUUCGCCGCCUUACCGACGAAGAGAGUUGGAAAUUGCUGCAGAAAAAGCUAUUUGGCAAAGAAGAUUGUCCUCCAAGACUAAGUCAAGUUGCAUCUCAAAUAGCAAAAUCUUGUAGAGGCUUACCUCUCACGGUUGUCCUCGUUGCUGGAAUUCUUGCUAAUACUGCAGAAGACUGCUGGGAAGAAGUUACAAAGAGUCUAACUUCCAGUAUUGUCCUUGAUGAUGAAUACUGUAUGAAGACACUUGAGCUGAGUUACAGUCAUUUACCAGAUGAUUUGAAGCCGUGCAUUCUUUGCUUUCGUGCAUUUCAAGAAGACAAAAAUGUUCCUGUCCGAAGGUUGUUUUGGCUCUGGAUCUCUGAAGGAUUUGUGCGAAAGACUGAAGGAAUGAGAUUAGAGGAUGUGGCAGAUGACUACUUGAAGGAUCUGGUUGAUAGAAGUUUAGUUAUGGUUUCCGAACAAAGAACUAUGGGUAGUGUCAAAGCCUGCCGAGUUCAUGAUUUGGUACAUGAGUUUUGUGUGAAAAAAGCCAAAGAAGAAAACUUUCUACAUGUUUUGCAUAGUUGGAAUGAUCAUACUGGCCCAAACAACCUCUUGAGAGUUUGUAAUCGAAGUGUCAGGAAUUUGAGGAUUUGGGAGUUAGUGCUAGAAUUUCCCAAUGUACGCAGUUUGUUAUUGUUUAAGGAGGAUGAUUUGGGAUUUUGGUUACCUAAACUUCUUAGAGUGUUGGAUUUGGGGGAAUUGGAUUUUGGUGCAUAUUUUCCUAUGGAAGUAUUUUUGCUUGCUCACUUGAGAUACUUGGCUCUUCGUACUACAAAAGUAAAUUUCAUCCCAGCUGCAAUAGGUAACCUCUCAAGGUUACAAACUUUUCUGCUACGAAGAAACGACAUUGAUUGUUUGUUACCCAAGACUAUCUGCAACAUUAAGACGUUGAGGCAUCUAUGGACUACAAAUCCCUAUAUUGGCUUUAUUUUUCCUGUUGAAAAUCUUGAAGUAUCCCCAGUUUUAGAUCAUUUAGACACUUUAAGCCUUACCAUUGAUCCCUCCUCUCAAAGCUUGCAAAAGAUACUGACAAAGUUACCAAACAUCCGCAGGCUAAGAUGUAAGAUGAGGAAAUCAAGAGAGGAACCUACUAGAAUUUGCGACAGGAUUCUGGUGUUUGACUGUUUGAAUAAACUAGAAUCACUUACUCUGCCUUUCUUUGAUGAAUAUGGAUUUAAAUUCCCUUUGAAUUUGAAGAAGUUGACUCUAAUACAUAAUGAGCAGCCAUGGAGUGAAAUCUCAAAAAUUGGAAAGUUACCCAAUCUUGAAGUGCUUAAAUUACUUGAGCACUCCUCUGGGGAAGAAUGGGAAAUGCAAGAAGGGGAGUUCCCUAACCUUCGAGUCUUGAAAUUGAGAGCCUUGUGGGAGUUUCGCAGCUGGAUUGCAUCUUCUGAUAAUUUUCCCCGUCUUGAGAAAUUGAUUGUGCACGAUUGUCACCAAUUGGAAGCGGUGCCUUCUUGUUUAGGAGAAAGUCCGACUCUUGAAAUGAUCGAGGUGAAAUUGUGUCGCGAGUCUGUUUCAAGCUCAGUGAAGCAAAUUCAACAAGAACAGAUAGAUAUGGGAAAUGAGGUUCUGAAGAUCUCGAUUGAACAUUGUGUUGAUGCACGGAGUUCCAGCGAAGAAGAAGAAGUGUCAAAUCCCUCAGAAACAGAAUCAAUCCCCUCACAAGAGUCCAAUUAA